UCCCUCCCUUUCUCCUGGUCUCUCUUUAGGAUGAACAGAUGAAGCCCAUCAUGAGUCUCUCGCUCCCUAAAAGCGACUCCACCGCUUCUCUGCUCAGAGCUUCUGCGGCAGACCGGAGACCGCGAGCCCCGGACGAGCCGCUCUGGAGCCCCGAUAGUGACGCGAGCUCGCGCCGUCCGCUCUGUCACCCGGCUCUGCUGCUGCCGUCGACGCCGGACCGGAAGCGCACGGCGGCGAAAAGCCAAAGCAAACUGCGCGAAGAUGCACCGGAGCGGACCGGAGCGAGCAGCAGCAGCGGCGGUAACGGUGGUGGUGGAAAAGAACGCAAGACAUCAAGACACGCGCACCGACACCAUCAUCAUCAUCAUCAUCAUAACAAUCAUCACCACCACCAUCAUCAUCACCAUCACCGGUCCGCCCGGGACGACCUGCCUCACGAGCCACGCACGAAACACACUCAUGGUGCUCGCGUGCCCAACCGGACUCGGUCUUUUUCCGAGGGCUCAGAAGAGACAGCCUCCACUUCCUCUUCCACCUCGCUUCUGUUCUUCCAGACACACCGGACAAACCGUCGGACAUCCGGAGCCGAGGGACAAGCGCGCGACCCCGACAUGGGCAGCUCGUGCUCACCGGUGCCCGCUGCCUCCACGAGCGCAGCAUCUCCCGAGUCCGAUACCAAACUGCGGCCUAUUCUCAACUCCGUGUUCGGACAGGAUCGAGAGCUGAGACCUGAGGAGAUCGAGGAACUCCGUGAAGCCUUUAAAGAGUUUGAUAAAGAUAAAGAUGGCUUUAUCAGCUGUAAAGACCUGGGCAACUGUAUGAGGACGAUGGGCUACAUGCCCACUGAAAUGGAGCUGAUCGAACUGAGCCAACAGAUCAACAUGAACUUGGGAGGUCAUGUGGAUUUUGAUGACUUUGUUGGACUGAUGGGACCGAAGCUUUUGGCAGAAACAGCAAAUAUGAUUGGAGUGAAGGAGCUCAGAAAUGCCUUCAGGGAGUUUGACACUAACGGUGAUGGAGAGAUCAGUACAAGUGAGCUGAGGGAGGCCAUGAGGAAACUGUUAGGUCACCAGGUGGGCCACCGGGACCUGGAGGACAUUCUUAAAGACAUCGACCUGAAUGGUGAUGGACGUGUAGACUUUGAAGAGUUUGUGCGCAUGAUGUCUCGAUGAAGGAGCCAAAACUUUUGCACAUUGCACAGUACAUCGUAACUCCUUACUUCCUGCUAACUGGAGGAACUCAGAAGAACCAAGACUUGGUAAAAGGUUU